AUGAUGUUAGUCCAAGAAAGGAGAAUAGGAAAAACAUCUCUCUGUUUCUGUCUACUUAUUUCUACCCCAUUUCAAGAACAACAACACCGCGUCUUGCUCUUGAUCAUCGUCCUCCUCCUCCUCCUCCGCCGCCGACCACCACCUUCAGCGAGGGAAGAUCUUAGGAUUACAAGAAUGGAUGAAAAUUUAGGAACCAAACUAAACGGCAUCCGACAGAUUGUUAGGCUUAAAGAAAUUAUCCAAAGAUGGCAGCAUGUGACACUUGGGGCAAGAGGAAAUGAUAAUGAUGAUGAUGCUGAUAACAAUCCUCCCAUGACUAUUGGUAAUCAUCCAGGUGGAGGAAUUAAUCCAGCAAUAACCAUGAGGUUGAAGGGAUACUCUGUUUAUUCUGAUUCAGACAUUGAAGACGGAUGCCAGAGUCCUGAUCCACCAAACGAUGUGCCCAGAGGGUAUUUGGCAGUCUAUGUAGGCCCUGAGCUUCGGAGGUUCAUCAUUCCCACAAGCUAUCUUAGUGAUCCACUCUUCAAAGUUCUUCUGCAAAAAGUUGAAGAGGAAUUUGGAUUUGAUCAUAGUGGUGGCCUCACCAUCCCUUGCGAGAUUGAAACCUUCAAAUACCUUCUCAAUUGCAUGGAACAUCAUCAGAAGGAUCAUCUUGAACACAAUCAAGCUACCAUUUGAGGGUCAAAGACCAAAUAUCAACUGUGUAAGUAACGAUUGGAUGCAGCUUAUUCUUGUGGUAAAAACCCAAAAAGAAGUUUCUAUUGGUAUGAUGAUUUGACAUUCUUUUAUCUGUAUUUUUGCUCUUCUCUCUUUCAAAUAUUCAAAUGUAAGAGAGUGGCAGUUAUAGUUCAUAGAAAGCUUAUGUUUCUAGGUGUGUUUGUUCAUUUUUCUUGUCAUUGGAUGUGUAAUAGUAAUACAUUUAAAUUCGUG